GACAAAAGCAGAAGGGCCGGGAUCUUUAUCACAUCAACACCAAGAGGUGCUAAACCACAAAGGUCUCAGAAGAUCCCACUCUUUAAUUCUGUUGACCUUACCUGGAGGACUAAGAAUCCAUGGAGCCUUUCAGAAGCCAAAUGGGACCUCAAACAGCUCUUUUUCUCGCAGGUUGCAUCCUAAGCGGUUUGUUGCAGCUGGUGGCAGCUCAGGGAAAUUUAACUGUGGCUUCUGUACCUAAACACCCCAUCCAGGGUCAAAGUAUCAUCCUGAAUCCCAUGAAUAUCCGGGAGGGAUCUGUACAAUGCGAGUGGACGCAGCCUUCUGGGAACAAAAUUAUUUUUGCCUCCGGUACAAAACUGAACACGGCUAACGCUUCCCAAGUCGUCGUGGUACAUCAGAAUUGUUCCUUGACUAUCAAAAAUCUGAGGUCAUCGGAUCGAGGAAUGUAUACAGUCAGAGUUACUGUUCCUCCUGCAAAGCAGCAAGGGACGGAACCAGAGGUCUAUGUCGGUUUCAUUUCUCUGAUUUUUUGUGAUGAAAUCCAUAUCACUAUCAAUACCACAAGUCCCCUUGUUGGCCAGCAUGUCACGCUGAGUCCCCGAGGCAUCCCAGACACAUUUAACUUCUGCCAAUGGAAACAAAAGACCCAGUCUGGAGUGGAGAAAGUAUUCCAAAAUUUUGGAGAAGUGUCUCCAAACAAGCAACAGAACCAGCAACAGACGAUCAAACGUGGCUGUACCUUGCAUCUGAACCAGAUAACCGUCGCUGAUUCUGGAAACUACUCUGUUUAUGUCAACGUGUCUUCAAACCAAAACUCCGGCAAAGGGACGGGAACCAGACAGCAGAACACGUGCUAUCAAAGCCAGAUGCAGUUAAGGGUCAGAACGAGUGGAUCAGCUGCUGUGAAAUAUAGCACAGGAAUCAUUGCUGGGGCUUUGCUGGGAUCCCUCACCUGGACCAGCAGCCUCUCCCUUGUGCCAUUGCUCUUCGGUGUGCUGUCGCAAUCCUUUCCUAAAUGCUGAAUUUGGAAGCUGUCCCUUCCUUUGUGAGAGAUAUGUGCAGAGAAGGGACACGCAAGUUAUCCUGCAGCUGCGGGUGUAAAGCUGAGCAUCUCUGCGCUUGGAUAUUAAGCUUGAUCUGAUGCGAUUUCUUUUGCAGCUCAACUUUGACCCAAACUGUAUAUUAGCUUACUUUGUUUCUGACUAUAUGAACAAAACCUAAGUCAUUCUCAACUUUAAAAUUCAAGAAUGUUUGCAGCCUAUAAAACAGCGGAUAAAUAAAUCCGGGAGUCCAAAAAUGAUGGCACAUAAUCAAAAUAUCAUAAAAUUUUGUAUUAAGCACCUUUUUAGGAAGUUGAGGCGAUGUUAUCCAGUUUGGAACACAACAGAAAAAUUUAUGGAUGACCUUUAUACAUUCUUAACGGUGCUCAAAAUAAAAUUGUUUUUUUUUCCACUUGAAUAAAAUGACUGUCUAUGAAGAAUUUUUUUGAUCUUUUAAUGAACAUUUCUGUAUCGGAUUGCAUAUGUUUUAUGGAGAAAGGCACUUGACCUUGAGAGAUUAUUAAACUACAAUCCCAGCAGCCUUUGCAACUGUAAUUUACAACUGCUGGAAAUUCACCUUUCAA